AAUGUCAAUGUCAAUUUUUGUCAACAUUAUCAUGCGAAAGCACAACGAUUUCUCAAGUUGUGCAAGAAAUACUCGCUUUUUCGCAAUUUUUUUGACUUAUAUACAUACUUCACGUUGCAGUCAUCUACUAAAAAUACAGCAUUAUAAGGGUUAAGUUCAUCUGCAGAAUAAAAUCUAUUAAAAUGCGGCUCGUAGAUUCAAAGAAACUUUUAGAACUUCAAAACAAUCCAUCAAAUAUUCGUAAUAUUUGCAUUGUGGCUCACGUGGACCAUGGCAAAACCACACUGGCAGAUUCCUUGAUAUCCAGUAAUGGAAUCAUAUCCCAGAGAAUGUCCGGAAAACUUCGAUAUAUGGACAGCAGGCCAGAUGAACAACAACGAGGCAUAACUAUGAAAAGUAGCAGUAUAUCGCUGUAUCACGCUAUGAAUCAAGAAGAAUACCUGGUGAACCUCAUAGACUCGCCGGGGCACAUUGACUUUUCAAGUGAAGUUUCCACUGCUGUAAGGCUUUGCGAUGGAGCCAUUGUUGUUGUUGAUGUUGUUGAAGGGGUGUGCCCACAAACAAGGCUUGUACUCAAACAAGCUUACUCUGAAAACAUUCGACCAGUGCUCGUCCUCAAUAAAAUUGAUAGACUCAUUGUUGAAAUGCAACUCACACCUCUGGAUGCAUACGUACAUUUGACGCAAGUACUAGAACAAGUUAAUGCAGUUGUGGGAGAGUUGUUCACCACUGAGGUAUUUGAAAAUGAAGAAGCCAGUAUGGAGAAAAAGGAAAAAGAGGCAUUGAAUAAAGAAGACAACAACUUCUAUGACUGGACUUCUGCUUUAGAAGAAGCUGAUGAUUCACACCUGUACUUCUCUCCAGAUCAAGGAAAUGUUGUAUUUGCAAGUGCUGUCGAUGGUUGGGGCUUUACAACUCUAACCUUUGCUAAACUGUUCUCUGAUAAACUUGGUGUAAAGGAGGAAAUUCUGAAGAAAGUUCUAUGGGGUGAUUUUUAUUUGAACACAAAGACUAAACGGUUCAUGAAAGGUGCCCAAGAAAAAGCUAAAAAACCACUUUUUGUUCAAGUAAUUUUAGAUAACUUAUGGAAUGUUUAUGAAACUGUUGUAAUGAGGCAUGAGAAAGACAAAGUGCCUGUGAUCUGUGAAAAACUGGGAAUCAAGCUCACUGCUAGAGAUUUAAGACACACAGAUUCUCGAGUCCAAUUACAAUCUUUGAUGGUCCAAUGGCUGCCAUUGUCUCAUACAAUUUUAAAUAUGGUAUGUGAAAAAUUACCAUCUCCGAAAGAAAUAUUACCAGAAAAAGUGGAGAGACUCAUGUGUUCAAGAAUAAGAGAUUUUGAUUCUUUCAAUAUAGAAACACAGAAAUUAAAAGAAGACUUUUUAGCCUGUGAUAGUAAUGAGAAUAGACCUAUAAUUAUUUUUAUAUCUAAAAUGUUUAGUUUUGAUAAAAGUGCUCUACCAGAAAAUAGGCCUAAAGCAUUGACUUCCGAAGAAAUGGCUUUAAGAAGAGAAAAAGCAAGGCAAUUGCGUGAAGAGUUAAAACAGAAUAACGCUAAUAUAAAUAGGCAAUCAGAAGAAAAGUCACCACAUGAGGAACAAGAGAAAAGUGCUGAAGAUGAGAAUGAAAAAGAAAAAGUGACAUUUAUUGCUUUUGCUAGAAUUUUUAGUGGGAAAGUUAAGAAAGGUGAUAGAGUAUAUGUCUUAGGCCCCAAGCAUGAUCCCUCUAAAAUUCUUAAUUGUAACAUUAAAAUAGAUACAAAUAAAAAGUUAAAAGAUUUACAAAGCGAUGAACACAUAACUUGUGCAGAAAUCAAAUCAUUAUACAUUUUGAUGGGAAGAGAACUAGAAGACAUCGAUGAAGCUGUUGCUGGUAACAUUAUUGGAAUCGGCGGCCUAGAGGAGCAUGUACUAAAGACGGCAACUCUGAGCAGCACAGUAGCUUGUCCGGCUUUUAGCGAGAUGCAAUACUCAGUGGUACCUAUUUUAAGAGUAGCGAUAGAGCCUACUAAUCCGUCACAGUUGCCUCAACUAGUAAAAGGUUUAAAACUGUUAAAUCAAUCUGAUUCGUGCGUACAAGUUUUAUUACAAGAGACUGGAGAGCAUGUACUAGUCACCGCCGGGGAAGUUCAUCUUGAAAGAUGCUUAGAAGAUUUAAGGACUAAUUACGCAAACAUCCCGAUAACAGUUUCCGAACCAAUCGUACCGUUCAGGGAAACAAUAGUGGAACCACCGAAGAUGGAUAUGGCCAAUGAAGAGAUCGCCUCGCAGAACGUAGACAAGAGCAACACAAAGUUGGAAGAUCCAAUAAUAACAAUAUACACAAAUAACAAGCAAAGCAAAAUCAAGAUCCGAGCGAAACCCAUUCCAAUCGAAAUAACGAAACUGUUAGACAGAUCUGCGGACUUACUAAAAGCCAUUUCCCAACAUAUAAAGACUUUGCAAACGUUAUCAAUGAACGACAAGUUGGAUAACAAAAUGGAAGGCCUAUAUUUGAAUGGCACCAAACAUAAACUAUCCGAACGCAUGCUGAAACUAAUCGAGACUUUUAAAGAGGAUUUACAAAGUAUUUGCUCCAAGCUGGGCCCGGAUUGGAAGGACCUUGUAAGCCAGAUAUGGUCUGUCGGGCCCAGGAACUGUGGGCCAAACAUGCUGCUGAACCAUACUGCAGAUUAUUGCACAAAAUAUUUGCAUCACGAAAAAGAGAUAAGAGAAGACCCGAGAUUUGAAUACGAGGGUAGUUUUGUAAAUGGCUUCCAAUUGGCGACUUUGGCUGGGCCCCUGUGCGAUGAGCCGAUGAUGGGCGUGGCCUUUUGUAUCGAACAAUGGACAUUAGAGAAAUCAUUCAGUGACGACGUAUCGCAAACAUUUGGACCUUUAUCAGGUCAAAUAGUAUCAGCAGUAAAGGAGGGCUGCAGAAAAGCUUUCCAAGUGCAACCACAGAGGCUGAUGGCGGCCAUGUACUCUUGCGAUAUAGCCGUCGACCAGAAAGUUUUAGGUAAACUGUACGCUGCCCUCGGUCGCCGCGGUGGGCGUGUAGUAGGCAGCGACUUACAAAGCGGCUCAGCAUCCUUCAGGGUCCAAGCGUUGUUGCCAGUAGCCGAGAGCUUCAAAUUUGCCCUCGAACUUAGAACCCAUACUUCGGGUCUGGCCGCACCUCAGAUGUUGUUCAGUCAUUGGGAGGUAAUCGACAUAGAUCCGUUUUGGCGGCCUUGCACCGAAGAGGAGUAUCUGCACUGGGGCGAGAAAUAUGACGGAGUGAACCGCGCUAAAGCGUACAUGGACUCCGUGCGGGCGAGGAAAGGGCUCGCUACAGACAAACAGCUCGUACAACAUGCUGAGAAACAACGUACUCUAUCAAAAAAUAAAUAAAUGAUAUAGAUUUUUAAUUCACAAACUUAGAAUGAAUACCUACUAACAUUUCAAUGUCAUAUUCACAUGUAAAAGUGUAAAUUAAACUCCGUUGUAAUUAUUUUGGUGUAAGCACUUUUCUUUAAAUUUGUUUGUCCUUUUAAUUUACAUUUUGCUUUGAAAAGUUCAUACAUUCGGUUUAUUGAAAGGUCUGGGCGUAAAGAAAAAAUGAGGUAAAUGAAAUGAUAUUUUUUAUUGUUUCUGUAUUGCACUUAGAUCACUUUGGUUUUCCAUAAACGUUAAGAACUCAGUUGUAAAAUUGGGAUCAUAGUGAUCUAAGUGCAUCUCAUACUUCGAUCAGUGUGGCAUGCCUUCACUUUGCAGACAGUACCAAUUCUAUAGUGACAUGUUGUGAUCCCUCAAGGAAGAAAGCGCUGAAGAGCGCUUAGAUCAGUGUGGCAUCGAAGAACUAUGGUUUUUCUAUGCCAUUGUGGAAUAACCUCAGUAUUAGCAACAAUGUCACUUAAAUCACUCUGGUUCCAACGUCGUCAUUUAUGUAUGAAUAUAAAGAAAGUAAUUUGUAAAAACAAAACACUUUGUAUUGACGAAAAUAUCGCCUAUUUGACUUAUGGUUGGAGACCAUAAGUCAAAUCGAUGCCCUAUUUCCUGUUUCCAUUAUUAAAUAGUGCGAAAAAUCAGUUAUCUCACGUAACAUUUAGACAGGAGGAACCUAAAUUUAUUGUAUUAUCCACUAUGACUUCGUGUCUAGUUUUUUUAAUCUUCAAAUACUAUUGACUUACCUUGAUCAAUAAUUUGUAGGUCAAUUAUUUAGAGACAUCCUACCCCAAAAAUAUUUGCAAUAUAGUUGCAAUGAAAAAUUGAGGUCGUGUAUCAUCAGGCAUUUCGUGUCUAAUGUCCGAUGUUUGAAGAUAAAUUUCAUUCGAACGCAUCUCAAACCUGCUCUUGGCUGGUCUCUAUAUCUUGCAUCUCUCGAUAAAAUAAAGCAAUUUGGUAAUUCGGCUCGCACCGUUGAGUGUUCACGAAAGCUCACGGCUAGCGCACUGUUGUUUUACAAGUUUGUUAUGUUGUUAAUAGCAUGGCUGGUGGUCGAGUUAGAACGUUUGUCUCCCAGCCCUAAAGAAAAUUCCAAACUAGAAGAGAGUCGUACUGAUUUUACAAAAUUAAUAAUUUACUUUAAAACAAGUGCAGAUAGGCUACAUUUCUUUUGAACUUAUUUCGAACAACCCGGUUUUUUUUGCCAGAAAUUAUGAAAUAGAAAAAUUCGUAAAUAAAAUUUGCUAGUAAUUUUAUAAUAGGGGCAUGUAAAAUGAACAAUACGAUGUGGUAUUUUAAGAACUUGUUAAAUACCUUUAUUCUUUUAUGUAAUGUUCUUCCAAGUCAUGAAUUUUAAUUAUUGUUACUGAUUUACUGUUGCUAUUUUUUUUUAAAUAAAUAUUAAAAAGAACUAA